AUGUUGCUUGAGGAGCUGAAGACGCUUGUCAAGUACACUUUGCCUGUGUACGGGACACACUUGCUCGAGCACAGUCUCAUCCUCGCUUCCGUCGUCUCUAUUGGUCACCUGUCGACCAUCGCACUUGCAGCUAGCACCCUCGGCUUCAUGACCGUCAACGUCACGGGCUUCAGUAUUGUCCAAGGACUCGCGAGUACACUCGACACACUCCUGCCUGGCGCGUGGACUUCGGAACACCCACAGCUUGUAGGUUUGUGGACUCAGCGCAUGAUUGUUGUAGGAGCAGCAACAAUGUUUCCGAUUCUCGCGAUAUGGUUCAACUCGGAACCGAUCCUUCUCCUUCUCAGGCAGGAUCCGGAGGUCGCACAUCUUGCAUCGGUGUAUCUCAAGUGGGAGUCACUGGGCCUGCCGGCGUACACAUUUAACUGCAUAUCCAGACGGUAUUUCCAAGCGCAGGGUCUCUUUGCUGUCCCGACGCGAAUCAUCAUCGCCGUUGCUCCUAUCAACAUCCUCCUCAACUACCUUCUCGUCUGGGGCCCCGAGCCCAUCCGCCUCGGCUUCAUCGGCGCCCCGAUUGCCACCUCGAUCUCGUACAACCUCAUCUCGAUCGCAUCCAUCGUGUACGGCGUCUGGUUCGUCGACAAGCGCGCGUGGCACCCCAUCUCGCGGCGGUGCCUCAGCAAUCUGGGCAUCGUGGUCAAGCUCGGUUUCGCGGGCGUCGGCCAGGUCGCGAGCGAGUGGUGGAGCUGGGAGCUUAGCGGACUUGGUUGCAGGCUGGGACCGACUGCGCUCGCUGCUCAAUCCGUGCUCUUGUCAUCCGCGUCAACGACGUUCCAGGCUCCGUUCGCAUUGAGCGUAGCCACUUCUGUGCGGGUUGGCAAUCUCCUAGGAGAAGCUAGAGGUAGACGGGCGGGCAUCUCGGCCAACGCGUCGAUCGUUACAACCUUCAUCGUCUUCCGCAACAAGUGGGCGUACCUAUUCAAUAGCGACACUGAGGUCGUCCACCUCGUUGCCUCCGUCCUCCCGCUCGUCGCCCUCUUCCAGGUGUUCGACGGUAUAUGUGGCGUGACCGCCGGCAUCCUGCGUGCACGCGGGAUGCAGUUCACGGGCGCGGUGCUCAACCUCUCGGCGUACUACGUCGUUGGCAUCCCCUUUGGCGUCUUCCUUACUCUGAAGCGCGACAUGGGCCUGCAGGGCCUCUGGAUCGGCAUCACCGUCGCGCUGGUGUACGGCGCGGCUGUGAGCCUGUGGCUCUGCCUGCGUUCGGACUGGGAGAAGGAGGUGCGGAAGGUGAGGGAACGGCUGGAGGUGGAUAAGAAGGCGAUGAUUGCGGAGACUGUUGCUGCUGAAGGGGAUGUGUAG